UGUCAUCACGGUGGAAAUGUGGAAUAAUGAAGCGCGCGAAAUGGAAGAAAAGCAAGCCUAACCUAAUUUUCGGCAUUCGUAAAGUCACAGAAUUCAUUAAUUCACAAUCUGAAGUGUAAACCCUACCAAUGUCCAUGGCGAACAAAGAUGCUACUAGACGGGAGCUACUCGAACGGUGGAGAGGCAUCGAGGAGGAAGAAGGGAACGCGGACGACGAUGACGUUGAUCCCUCCAUACACCGUCGUCUCCACCUCCACAAAGAGCAAUGGUUUGCAGAUGCAUAUAAUUUUCUAAUUUCCUCGCCUAGUGAAAAUCAUAUUUGGUGUGGUUUAUGGGAUAUAAUGGGGCCUCUUUUGGAGACUUUUUACAAUUACUACAAAGAUGCCCGCCAAGAUUCACCACUCAGGCGGCUAUGGAAGAGAAUCUCUGAUGAAAUGAGGCACUGCCUACAGUGCAUUUCUCAGCAUCAUCAAGCCCAAGACAUGUAUAAUACGGAGUAUGAGUCUAGCUCUAUCGGUCCUCUUCUAGAUAUCUUGCGAAAGCUUGAUUAUGAGAGGGUGACAUCACAUCUGAGUGAUAUCAAUGCGAGAAUAACAAGGAAAGAAUAUGAUUCUGCUCGUGAUAAUGCUGAAGUUGUUAAUGUCUUGUAUGAGGUAUUGAUGUUCCCAAUCCUCUUAGAUUAUCAGCCUCUAUUCACUGAGUUUGAGUUGUUUGUUGAAGCUAUUGAUAAUAAGCACGAACUGGCAUUAUCUGGGCAUCAACAAUUUCCGGGAGUGUAUGCGUUAUUUUUUUGCAAGAGAAACGUUCGUUCUGUUGGAUACCGCCUAGCAGGAUCAAUGGGAAGAAUAAGGAGAGCAGCAGACUUGGAACCUCUGCAACCAUUGCUUAAGAAAUUUAUUGGCUGUUUAGAGGCAGAUACUUUGCCAUUGGUUAUGGAGACUUCAGCACCAAGAACUCCGCUGGAUCGCAUAUCCUUAUGGAUUGGCAUCAGAUCCCUACUCGGUUUCUUGGAUCCUCCUGCUUUUGAAGAAGGGAUAUUGGAAAAUUAUCCCUUUUUUCUUGAUAUUGUACUCAAUCAUAUUAGCGGUGAUUCACUUGAAUUUUCACAUGCUGUUACUUGCUUGAGAUUACUUUUCGAAAUGCUUGGCUGUAAGCUUUGGUUAAGCUCUACACUGUCUCCAAGUGUAAUGCGCAACACUCUACUUGGUCAAUGCUUCCACAUUCGCAAUGAAAAAAUCCAUAAAGAUAUUUUUGGUCUAUUCCACCCCUUUCUACAGUCUCUUGAAGCUUUGCAUGAUGGGGAGCAUGAAAAGCAACGUAGACAUUUUCUCUAUUUUCUCCUCCAUCAAGUGCCAGUGAGCAGUAACUUCAGCAUUCUAACAAGAAAGUUGGCAUGUCAGAUAGCACUUCUUAUUGUACACCGAGGUUACAACAUGAACCCGCCAUGCCCUCCUUUUGAGUGUGCACAUAUGUGGGGACCUUCGCUUGUCUCAUCUCUGAAGGACUCCUCGCUUCACAGUUCUUUGAGGCAACCUGCUUUUGACCUUAUACAGACUAUCAUAGUAUCGGAUGCUACUGCUUUAGUAUAUUCAGUGCUGAAUUGCUGCACAACUCGUAGCAUUGAUAGUACCAUGGCAUAUGAGUUCCUUAAGUUGGAAGAUGAAAGUGAUGAUACUUGGCCACUGUCUAUUCCAGAUGGUAAACAGCUGGAUUGUAAAAGUUCUUGGAGUGAAUUCAAUGUGCAGAGUGGAAUAGCUUCUCAAGAGUGCCGAGAGUGGAUGUGCAUUCCAAUGUUAUGGGCUGAUGUUUUAGUUGAUAUCAGUCCCUCAAUUCUCCCACUUUCAUUUUCCAAAGCUGUUUUUUGGGCACGAUCUCGUUUUCCUAUGGUAGAACUUGAGAGCAGUGCUGAAAUGAUGCUUCCAGUUAGAUCUUGCCUUUCAUCUUUUGCUGCAGAAAUAUCCUCUUCAUUUGGGUGGAAGGUUCCAACUGGAUCUGAUGAUGGUGGAGAUGGAAACAAAUCAAAGAAUUCAGUUGAAGUGCUGACAAUGUCUUUUCCUUUAAUAAGAACAUUUAACAGGUUCACUACACAUUUUCUAGUUCAGAUGAGACAAGGAGAACUUCGAAGUCAGUGGAUUUGGGAACCACUGAUGAGUGAAAGCUUGAUCCUUUCGCUAUUGGAUCCAAAUGAUGAUGUUAGACAGUUUGGAAAGUCUAUGUUGGAGCAAGUUUCAGAUACCCGUGGUCUUUCUUGUGGACUGAAGUUUCUUUGUUCUUACAGAUCCUCAUUGUGUGCAACUAUUUUGGGCCUUAAACAUGCUAUGAAACUGGUCCAACUGGAUUCCGUACUGUUGAAGUUUAAUACUUUACAUCAUUUUUGGUUUCUUUUAUGCAAAUUACUCAAAGAUGAGGGUGUACUUGGUCCAGAGUUGCCCGAAAAUACACUCGUUGACUUAGAGGGGCCAAAGUUAUCUUCACAAGGCGGGUUUUUGAAGCAGCCAACUUUUGAUUCUCUACCAGUGGAUAUUAAUAAACAUGUUAUCAUUGUUGAACUAAAGAUAAAGGAAAAAUUCAGUUGCUUACUAUCUGAAAUGGCGUGGCCUAUUUUCUGUAGAUGCCUGGUAAAAGGCAAGGAAUUUGUUGAUUACAGUUUCUGCCAGAUGACUUGUGUGCGGUUACUCGAGAUUCUUCCUGUUCUUGUUGAUAAACUCUGCCUAUUUGGUGGAACAGAGCUUAAAAAUUUCACAAUGCUAGUAAAAAAUAAACUGGGUGUCAUAUGGCUUCACAAUCUCAUGGAAUGGGGAAAGUCAUCACUAAGAGUUGUAAUUGUAUAUUGGAAGCGAGCACUUAAUUAUUUACUGAAUCUGUUCAAAGAUUCUUGUAAUGAAACUUCUGCAUCAGCAAUCAUGACAAUUGAAAAUCUUAUUACAAGUGAUGGUUAUACCUUGGAAGAAUUGACAAAACAGGUCUCGCACCUGUCCACGUCUCUAUGUAGGGAAGACUCUCUUACUUUUCAGGAGGCAAAUGUGAAGCUCAAAUCAUCGGUAUCUAAAAGCUUGCCUUUUGAAAAGAACCGUUCAAGUUCUGAUAUUCACUCUUCAUCCAUGGAGGAUAUAGGUGUACAAAAUUUGGACUCUGAAAUAAUGACGGGCAGAAAAGAUACUGAAACCAUCGUUGUUAUUUCAGAUGAUGAAGCUGAACCAAAAGUUUUUUCCAAUGCCAUUUUAUCAGUUAGUGAAACAGGUCAGAACUCUGCUGGCAACAUAAUGCCUCAUACUGCUGGUAAUAGUUUAUCGCCUUCUGACCAUGCAAUCCAAAAUGUUUCGUACAUGAAAACUUCCAAGGGAACGAAGGAGACCUUCCAGAAAAAGGAUACUACUGAAGUUUUCAGUCUUUCUUCUCAGAAGCGAGGCUCUGGUAAUUUACGUAAUAAUCCCGUGGUUACUCCGUAUAUUGAUUCCAAGGGCCCAGAGAGUUGUAAGAGGGAAGCUAUUUCAAAAUCCAACGAUAGGGUCAGUUUGAUAAAAGCUUCUGUUGAAGCUGCCAGCACUAAAAAUUUGAAUAAAACUUCCAGUAUUAAGGCUUCCAAAAUUAGUGAUUUUCGGGACUCUGAUGAGGAUCUACUAGAGACUGCAUUGAACUCUGUGGGACGUACCCAAUUGUAUGUACCAAAGCCUACUUCAAUUUUGAAAAGACAAGUUAUUAAACUAAAAACUAUUCAUGAAAACAGAUCCGGUUCUCUUCAUAAGGUAGAGGACACAAUGAGAAGAUUCAAGCCACCAAGUUUGGAUGAUUGGUAUAAACCUAUUCUUGAAAUAGAUUAUUUUGCAAUAGUAGGUUUGUCAUCUGCUAGAAAAGAUGAAAACCGAACUGUUAACAAAUUAAAGGAAGUUCCUGUAUGUUUUCAAUCAGCGGAACAGUAUAUGGAGAUAUUUCGGCCAUUAGUUUUGGAGGAGUUUAAAGCGCAGCUUCAAAAUUCUUUUCUUGAGAUGUCUUCAUGGGAAGAGAUGGUUUAUGGAAGCCUCUCUGUGAUGUCGGUAGAGAGAAUUGACGAUUUUCAUAUUAUUCGUUUUGUCCAUGAUGAUGGUGAUUCUGCAACAUGCAGGAGCUUUUCAGAAAAUGACUAUGUUUUGCUAACGAAAGAUCCUCCACAAAAAUCUAAUCAUGAUGUUCAUAUGGUCGGAAAGGUUGAAAGGCGCGAAAAAGACUAUAAAAGAAGUUUAAGUAUUGUUCUCAUCCGGUUCUAUUUUCAAAAUGGUUCUUCACGUUUAAAUCAAGCUAGAAGGAAUCUCACUGAACGUAGUAAAUGGCAUGGAUGCCGAAUAAUGAGCAUUACCCCACAAAUUCGAGAAUUUCAUGCAUUGUCAUCUGUAAAACACAUCCCCUUACUUCCGCUCAUUUUAAAUCCCGCCGAAGAUUCCUUUUGUCUUGAUAAAUGUAAAGAAGUAGAUCUCAGCAAGUUGUGCCAGUCAUUGCAGCAAACUCUGCGAUCAUCGUUUAAUGUUACUCAGCUCCAAGCAAUAAGUGUUGCUAUUGGAAGAGCUAAACAAAAGAAAACUGUUGAAUUAUCUCUUAUUCAGGGUCCUCCAGGAACUGGGAAGACACGUACUAUUGUUGCAAUUGUCAGCGCCCUUCUAACUUCAUAUCCACAUAAGAUGAAUGUUCUAAAAAGUCCUUUAGAUGAAAACAUGACACAAAGUUCUUUUUCUCCCUAUUCAAGACCAAAGAUUAGCGAGAGUGUUGCCAUUGCGAGGGCGUGGCAGGAUGCAGCCAUGGCUAGACAAUUAAAUGAUGUCCAGAGUCCUUCAAAAUCUUUCGAAAAUUGUGCGAGACAAAGGAUUCUAAUCUGUGCUCAAUCUAAUGCUGCAGUAGAUGAACUGGUAUCAAGAAUUUCAAGCCAUGGUCUUUAUGGAAGUAAUGGCAAAAUGUACAAACCUUAUCUUGUGAGGGUUGGAAAUGCUAAAACAGUCCAUCCAAAUUCACUACCAUUCUUUAUUGAUACACUUGUUGAUCAACGUGUAGCAGAAGAGAGGAUGCAUUCAAAAGACGGGAAUAAUGAUUUGAGGGGAGUUCCAUCAGCAUUGCUGCGGUCUAAUUUGGAGAAACUGGUCGAUUCUAUCAGGUUCUAUGAAACAAAACGUGCUAACUUAAGGGAUGGGGAUUCUGAUGUUAAAAGUCAUAUGGGGGAUGACACCAAAAUGUCUGAUGCUGAAAUUGGAAUGAAGUUGAGCAAAAUGUAUGAACAAAAAAGACAAAUAUAUAAAGAUCUUAGUAAUGUUCAAGCUCAAGAGAAGAAAGCCAAUGAAGAAACCAAGACUCUUAGGAAUAAGCUUCGGAAGUCUAUACUAACGGAAGCUGAAAUAGUGGUAACUACAUUGAGUGGAUGUGGUGGGGACCUUCAUGGAGUUUGCUCCGAGAGAAUAUUAUGCUCCAAGUUUCGGGGUCCAUCUGAACAUGCCCUCUUCGAUGCUGUUAUAAUUGAUGAAGCUGCUCAAGCUCUUGAGCCAGCUACUCUGAUUCCUCUUCAGCUUUUAAAGUCAAGGGGAACCCAAUGCAUUAUGGUUGGGGACCCAAAGCAGCUUCCUGCAACUGUGCUAUCAAAUGUUGCAAGUAAAUUUCUUUAUCAGUGCAGCAUGUUUGAACGUUUACAAAGGGCUGGGCAUCCUGUUAUUAUGCUUACCGAACAGUAUAGAAUGCAUCCCGAGAUAUGCAAGUUUCCUUCGUUGCAUUUCUAUGACAACAAAUUACUAAAUGGUAGUCAAAUGUCUAGCAAAUCAGCACCAUUUCAUCAGACCGAGGGUCUUAGGCCUUAUGUAUUCUAUGAUAUUAUUGAUGGGCGGGAAGCUCGUGGGAAAAACUCUGGUGCCAUGUCGCUUUGUAAUGAACAUGAAGCUGAUGCUGCAGUUGAAAUACUUAGAUUUUUCAAGAAAAGGUACCCAGCUGAAUUUAUUGGUGGAAGAAUUGGCAUUAUUACUCCAUACAAGUGUCAACUUUCUCUUCUGCGAUCUCGUUUUCUUAAUGCAUUUGGAUCUUCAACCAUAGCCGACAUUGAAUUUAACACUGUGGAUGGUUUCCAAGGUAGAGAGGUGGAUAUAUUGUUACUUUCUACUGUAAGAGCAGCUCAUUCAAGUACUGCUGCAUCUGAAAUAAACUCUAGCUCUAUUGGAUUUGUUGCUGAUGUAAGACGGAUGAAUGUUGCCUUGACAAGGCCCAAGUUAUCACUUUGGAUUUUGGGUAAUGCAAGAACUUUACAGACAAACCAUAACUGGGCAGCUCUUGUUAAAGAUGCUAAAGAAAGAAACUUGAUAAUGACAGCUAAGAUGCCGUAUCAUUCAAUGUUCAAAACAUCUAAAAAUAAUUGUGUGUUUGAAAAUUCUGAUAAUCAUGCAAAACCAUCGAAGCAUGAGAAGAAGGUUAAGGAUAGUGGCCACUAUGUACCAAAAAAAUUGGUUAACGAGAGUUAUACCUCUGAGGGGGAAAAGAAAUGUGUUUCUGAAGUCAAGGACAUGAAUAAGGGGAGGCGGGAUGAGAAUGAUUUUUCAGUUUUGGGAAAAAAUGCUCUAUCCAAGGGAAGAGAUUCCAAAAAUAAGCAUAUUUCCAUAAAGAAGGAUACAACAUGUCUAGAUGGAGGAAGAGAAGGGAAGUAUAAAAUGAAGAUUAGCUCGGGAAAGACACCAUCGAGUAAAAGGCAAUCAAAAUUUCUAAAUUCAAGGAAUGGUUUAGACCAUCGGAUGGAAAAAACAGGUGGUGGACACGAGGCAUCAAAACUUUCAGAAUCAGAAAAGCUGGCUACGUAUUCCACAGGGGAUAGGAGCAGUUCUAUAGAAGUUUCUGCUUCAUCAACAAAAGGAUGUCACAUAGAGAGAAAGGCAGAUAAUCAAGGUAGAGUUUCUAAUCAAAGUUUGGUUGCUGAAGUUUCAAAAAGGAAACAGCAGCGUGAAGCUGUUGAUGCUAUUCUUAACUCAUGUUUGAUAUCUACGAAGAAAGAUGAGAGACCGACAAAAGCUUCCGCAAAAAGGUCUUUGUCCUCAUCUGUUGCUAACAAAAGUAUGAAACCACCUAAGAAAAGAAGUGUGAGACCUGGUGAAUGAGCACGGGAUUAUGGAAGAAGCAAUUUUUCUUUGAGGAUUAAGGCUGAAGCUUUAUUUCCAAUCCUGUUGCGAUCACCUUUGACAUGGCACUUGGAUGAUGAUUUUCUUGCUGCUCGAUGGAUGCGUUUCCAUCAAUGAUCUAAUGGUGAGUGGAUUUUUAUUUCUGUAACAUGAAAUCACUGAUGGAUGCUGACUAAAAUGAGAAACUAUAGGUAUUUGUAUAUAUGGAGGCAGAAUUGUGUAAAUACAAGAAAUUUUGUUCAUAAUGGGAUAACUGUAUCCUUUUUUGUUCAUCUAACUAUAUAAAGGCAAUCGCUUUUUCUGUGACUU